AUGAACCCGCUGGACUGCGCGGAUGCCUUUCAGUACUACUACGGCGCCGAGGGCACGUACCACGAUGUCGAGAGCGCCGUUUUUCAUAACCCACGCCGAGCCCAGUGCGGCUCGCAGGACUACCGGUACCGCUACCAAACGACCUGGCGGCCCCCCGCCGACGACGGCGGGGGGGAUAAGGGCCCGUCAGGGCCGCCGCUGUGGUCCGUGGUGGAUCAGCUCCGGGCAUUCUGCGCCCUCCAUCCGGACGACCCCGCGCUGUCCUGGCGCUCCGUGACGUCGUAUAAAAAAUACCCCCACGACCCCGCGCCCCCCCUACGGCGGUGUUUGUACUACAUGGGGCCGCCCCACACCAUGACGUGCGCGGCGCUGUGGGCGAACAUCGAGGCCUUCGGCCAAGGCCUGCGCUCGCUGGGGCUGAAACCCAGCGACCCGGUGGGUCUGAUGGAGGACACCCGCUGGGAGUGGCUGGUGACCUGCUAUGGGUGCUGGUCCCAGGGGCUCGUCCCGGUCGUCUUCCACGGCGCCGACAGCUGUCUGCGGCGGGUCGCCAUCGAGGUCCUCCUGCGCACCAAAGUAGCCGUCUGCCAACGCCAUGUCAUGGACCGACUGCGGCGGUACAUUCAAGAGGCGGUCGCGCUGCAUGAGAGCUACUCAGGGGAAGGUGAGGGGGGUCGCCAAAAGACACGCGAGGCGCCUCACCGAAGCGCUCCCCCACGCCCGCUUUUCAUCGUAAUGCGGCAGUCAAACAUCAUGGAUGCCCAAUCCACGCACCUUCCAUGCGACACCCCAAGGAAUGACGCGAAGGUCAUGACCGAUAGUUCAAACCCGCAGCACCAUCGAGACGAAUCGGAUGAGGAGGAGGAGGCGCUGUGGUGGACUGAGGUCUUGGAAUAUGGCAAGAAGAUUAUCUUUCAACGGAAUGCGAGGCAAAAUCAUCAACGGCGGAAACCGCGAAGCCACGUUUUAACAAGUCUUCAAAAAGCUUAUAAGUAUGAUGAAGACAAUCUCAUUGUAAAUUCGCCCCAUUCAGCGAAGAAACAGCCCCGCACUGUAGGCGUCGAUGCUGUUUCACGACGCAGAGAUGUGCAAAAACACUAUGACCUCACUCCAAACUCGAAUCCCUCAAAUACUAUAGAGGCUUUGCCCACGUCCUACGAGUCCAUCCCGUUAGCGCCCGCAAGUCGAUACCUAGCCCUUUCAAGCGGCGGUAGUACCAGUGGGCUGGUACCACUUCGCUCGUCGGACUUGGCAUUAGUCGUCUACACCGAAGGGGACCCCAAAGGAGUCCUCCUCACUCACGGCGCCCUAGCCGCAUCAGUCGCGGGGUAUCGUGAGCGGUUUCUUAGCAUGCAGCUCUUCACCCCAUCUUUUGCUGACGACAGUGAAAAUGGGAAUUCAGAUAGGCAUGAGGAAGAGGAUAAGGCUGAGCCUGAUAAAGAAAACUUGCCCACGGGCGAAAUAGUAGAAAGUCAACAAAGAAACACCAAAUACCACCACGGCAAAGUUGAAUCAAACGAGAUUGAUAGGAGUCAUACUAACCAGGAGAAAUGCGGGGGACAAGGAUACUGCAAGAGGAUAUUCCAAUACCUUUCGACGAUAAUGCGGACGAACCCCAAUGGCGGUAUUCGGAAAUAUCUGUGGCGCACCGAAGAGCCGCCAUCAAGACGUCACGCAGAGGCACCAACCUACCUUGCUUAUCUCCCACUUCACAACGUGCGGGAGUUGGUGCUGGAGAUGUGUUUUCUCACGGAGGGGUUCCUGCUAUGUUAUGGAUCGAACGCGACCCUCACAAACGCCGACGCCCAUCCCAGGGGUGAUCUCGAGCAGUACAAACCGCUCAUCUUCAGCGCCGUCCCGCACACGUUAGAUCAGCUCUGCCGCACCGUAACCCGGACCCUCGCCGAGGGCUUGCCCCGGCUCCUCUUUGAGGUUGGCUACGAGAAGCGCCGACAGGCCCUACGGCGUGGCCUCGACACGCCCUUCCUGAAUGAGUUUAUAUUUGGGCAGCCGCGGCAGCUGCUCGGGGGGCGGUGCCAGUUGGUGCUCUCCUGCUGUGGGCCCCUGCAUCCGCGCACGCAGGAGUACCUCAAAGUCGUCUGCUGCGUCGCCGUCUCGCAGAUCUACGCCCCGACCGAGGCGGGGGGGUGCGGCGUGAUGCAGGACCUUUGGGUCGACCACAUGCGCAACAUCGGGGGUCCGCUCGGCCCGGUCGAGAUGAAACUUCGGGAUGUAAAACAAUGGAACCAUCGUACGGUCAGGCCCUGCGGUGAGCUAUUGCUCGGUGGACCUACAAUCAUGGCGGGCUACCAUUGCAAUCCGGAGAAAACCGCCGCCGUGUUGGAGAACAAGGGCUGGCUGCACACGGGCGACAUCGUGGAGCGGCUUCCGGACGGGACCCUCCGCCAAGUGGCGCGUCUGGGGCCUCAGAAUGUAAACGCGAUGGGCUGUAUUAUGGACGUCGAAUCGCUGGAGGCGAUAUAUAAUCAACACCCUCUGUGCGCUGCCCGACGCGACGCGGAUAGUGGUGGUAGCGUGUGCGUUCUGGUUCACCCCUUUGGAUCCUACAUAUGUGCCCUGGUCCUGACUGACAAACCCCGCACCACCGCAUUUAUCCAGGAUGCGGCGACGCAGUCCUACAUCGCAAGAGCCAGCCGCGCGGCAUUGAAGAGGGGAUCUCGCCCAGGUGGAAAAAACGAGGGUAGCACACGGGGCAAAAGUCAGCUCCAAUCCUGGCCGCACUGUUUGUGUGAACCACUCUUCAACGAGGCUGCCGCGGAAUCACUUCGAGAAUUAGCGAUGCAGCAUCACUGUAUGUCCCAUGAGCUUGUUCACCACGUGCGGGUCCUCUAUGAUGAGUGGACGACCCAAAACGGCGCACGAACAGUCACCGGCAGGCUCGAACGCUCCGUGAUCGAGCAACGAUAUCAAACUAUCAUCGAAGAACUUUUCCUCUGGAAUGCGUAA